AUGCCCGAGCCAAGAAAUUUACGUGAGUUGAAAAGUUUACAAGGAUCCCUCGCGUUUAUUCGGCGAUUCAUCUCAAACUUAGCAGGGAGGUGUCAACCAUUUAGUCGCCUUAUGAAAAAGGAUGUUCCAUUUGUUUGGGAUGAAGCUUGUCACAAUGCCUUUGAAAGCAUAAAGAAGUACUUAUCGAGUUCACCACUAUUAGGAGCCCCUAUUCUAGGCAAACAACUCAAAUUGUACAUUGCGGCUCAAGAAAUUUCAAUUGGAGCCUUUUUAGCGCAAGAGAAUGAGUCACACAAAGAGCAAGCACUCUAUUAUCUAAGCCGAACGCUUACUGGUCCCGAACUAAAUUACACACCUAUAGAAAAGACGUGUCAUGCACUUGUUUUUGCUAUCCAAAAGUUAAGGCACUACAUGCAAGCAUUCACGGUCCAUCUAAUUGCACGAGCUGACCCGGUGAGGUACAUUAUGUCAAAACCAGUCUUGACGGGGCGUUUGGCCAAGUGGGCGUUACUUCUCAAUCAGUAUGAAAUCAUCUACACUCCAGCAAAGGCGGUUAAGGGGCAAGCUGUUGCAGACUUCCUAGCUGAUCAUCCAAUUCCAGCAGACUGGGAAAUUUCAGAUGACCUACCCGACGAACAAGUCUUCUUCGCUGACGUUUCUCCUACUUGGAUGAUGUUCUUUGAUAGAUUGGCUCAUAAAGACAGGGCGGGGGCUGGCGUAGUCUUCGUAUCACCCAAGAGACACGUAUUGCCCUAUUCAUUCUUCUUAAGUGAACUUUGCUCGAACAACGUUGCAGAAUACCAAGUUUUGAUCAUGGGCUUACAAAUGGCCGUGGAGAUGAAGAUAUCGAGCUUAGAAGUAUAUGGUGACUCCAUGUUAGUGAUCAACCAACUGUUGACUCACUACGAAGUUAGAAAGGAUGAUCUAAUUCCAUACCACCAAUUAGCCACGAAAUUACUAGAAAGGUUUGACUUCGUGACGCUGGAGCAUGUGCCAAGAAAAGAUAACCAAAUGACAGAUGCCUUAGCCAACCUUGCCACUACAUUGGCAUUGACAAAAGAUGAAGCAAUAAAUCUUCCAGUUUGCCAACGUUGGGUCGUUCCAUUAACGCUUGGGACAUCGCAAGAAGGAGUCAACAUUAUCUCGGUACUGUUUAUUGACGUUGACGACUGGAGACAACCUUUAAUUGAUUAUCUUGAGCAUGGGAAACUGCCAGAUGAUUCAAGACAUCGAUCAGAUGUACGACGUUGGGCACCUCGAUUCAUUUAUUACAAAGAAAUUCUCUACCGUCGUUCAUUUGAAGGCGUGUUUCUAAGAUGCUUGGACAAAGAAGAUGCAUUCAAAGCAAUAGAGGAGGCUCACUCAGGAAUUUGUGGAGCACAUCAAUCAGGGCCAAAGCUACAUUUCCAAAUAAAAAGGAUGGGCUACUAUUGGCCGACUAUGGUCAAUCAUUGCAUGGAUUAUGUGAAGAAAUGCCAAGCAUGUCAAUUCCAUGCCAACUUUAUCCACCAACCGCCGGAGCUGCUACAUCUUACAAUUACUUCUUGGCCAUUUGAUGCGUGGGGUCUUGAUGUGGUGGGACCAAUAGCACCUAAAUCUUCCGACGAUCAUUCUUACAUCCUUGCAGCCACAGACUACUUCUCAAAAUCGGCGGAAGCUGUGCCUCUAAAGAAAGUGAAGCAAGAAAAUGUGGUGAGCUUAUCAAGGUAA